GUGACGCCAUUGUCUCGAUGUAGAGGGAGUGCAGUCGUGGUAUUGAAUGUAUUGAAUGCAAGCAUUGAGUUGUCUCUCAUUAAGCGCUUAACUAUUGCUUUGUUCGCCGGCUUUUGCAUUCAUUUCUAGUGAUCUAUUCAUUCGAUUUAGUCUUCAAUUUGUUCCCUAAAAGUGAUCGACAAUAUCAAGGAUGCCGUCAACCAGAUCUCGAAGCAGCACUGAAGCACCUGAAGUCCCAGUCGAGGACAAGAAGAUUGAAAGCAGUGAACAGAAAGAAGAAGCGGCGGAAGUGAAAGAGACGACUGAUAAAUCAGAGACACUCCAAAAGACAGAAAUCACUGGUAGUGCGAGUGAAUCGGAUAAUAGUAACGAAAAGCCUGUCGAUGAUGACGAAGAAGAAGAUGACGAUGAGGAGGAUAAUAAAGUGGAUCAAACUAAUGAUGAGACCAGUGAAGACACAAAUGGAGCCACCGAUAAGGUAGAGAAUGGUUCGGCAAAGCGGAAAUCAAUCGGUGAUGAGGCCGGUGAUGCCCCCGACAGUACUGAUGUAGUGGUCACUCCCAAGAAGGCUAAAGUGGACGCACCGGCAGAGGAGAGCAACGGUGCUAACAAUGGCGGCGCCGGUGAACAAAAAGAAACUCCAUUGGAAACCACAGCUUAACUGAUUAUUUCUUCAAUUAUUUUUUUCAAAUUAUUUUCUCAUUUCAAAUGUAUUUCAAUUCAAAGAAAAAAUUUAUGUAUUAUUUAUAAUUAGUUAAUCGAAAAUUCAUUUUGUGUUGAAUUUCAUUGAAUUUUUUUUUAUUUUUUUAGUUAAAAAUAUGUGAUUUCGGUUAUUUGACAAACUGUUUAUUCAGUUCAUAUAAAUAUUUUCACUUUAAUAGUUUAAUUAUUAUUUUUUUUAUGUUGAACUAAAUUUGUGUUAAUUAGUUGGGAUCACAACUUUUCAUUAAUGAAAAUUGACUCAAAAAAAAACUAAACCAAAACUAGAAUUUAUAAGCAAUACUUAUUUAUACUUUUUAAUGUAUUUAUAAUUGUUUGCGUGUCUUAUUAUAUCAAAUGCUUUGUUCCCAAAAUUAUAAGAGCAAACAUCUGCAGGAAAUGUAUUAUAAGCUUAUUAUUAUCAAACAAUUUAUUACAUAUUUCUCUAUUAUUGCUAUGUAUUUAUCGAUAAAUAUGACUUAUAAACAAAAAUGAAUUGUACAAUUUUGUCACAUUUUUAUUAUUAAUUAUUUAAACAUUAUUUUUGAAAUACAAUAACAAAUUGUUGUCCAUUUGUUUACUUACGGUAACUUUAUUUUGAAAUUAUUUAUCUAUUUUUUCACUUACGUAUAUAUAAAUAUUUAAAGCACAAGAUUUUUUAAAAUAUAAUUAGAGAGAGAAUUUGU